AUGGCUGUUCAGUGGACUGAUGAGUGUGAGCCAGCCAUGCCCAGCCCAGGUGAAAACGCCUUGCAUGGCCAGUCAGGAAGCCCUGCGGAAGGACAGUUGUCAUUUGCAGUUUUAUUGCACGAAGGCAUUACUUGCGGAGUUAGGGAAGCGACGUUGUGGCGUUGGCUCUUUCUUCCAUACUCUUUCAGGUUUAUUGCCAAGCCAUGUGCCAUAAACCUUGGCAUUCAAGACAGUGGACCUCACAGAGCCCAGCCCAAUGCAAUUUUAGAGAAAGUGUUUACAUCCAUCACUAAGUCUCCAGAUGGAAAAAGGUUAGAAGGCUUGUCAAAGCAGCUAGACUGGGAUGUUCGAAAGAUCCAGCGCUGGUUUCGUCAUCGGAGGAACCAGGACAAACCCACCACCCUCACUAAAUUUUGUGAGAGCAUGUGGAGAUUUACAUAUUAUUUAAGUAUAUUUUUUUAUGGAAUCAGGUUUCUCUGGACGGCACCCUGGUUUUGGGACACACGACAGUGCUGGUACAACUACCCUUUUCAGCCUCUAACAUCCAGGCUUUAUUAUUACUAUAUCUUGGAGCUGGCCUUCUAUUGGUCUCUCAUGUUUUCUCAGUUUACAGACAUUAAACGGAAGGACUUCCUGAUCAUGUUCGUCCAUCAUUUGGCUACAAUUGGACUCAUUACAUUCUCUUAUAUGAAUAAUAUGGUGCGGGUUGGAACUCUGGUGCUGUGCCUCCAUGAUGCAUCAGAUUUCCUUUUAGAGGCUGCAAAGCUAGCCAAUUAUGCCAAGUACCAACGUCUAUGUGAUGCUUUCUUCAUGCUCUUUGGUGUUGUAUUCAUUGUUACACGGUUGGGCAUUUAUCCUUUCUGGAUAUUGAAUACAACCCUAUUUGAAAGCUGGGAGUUGAUUGGUCCUUAUCCUUCAUGGUGGCUAUUCAAUGGGCUUUUGAUAACCUUGCAGAUCUUGCAUAUCAUCUGGUCUUCUCUCAUCAUUCGCACUGCCUACAAGGCCCUCGUGCGGGGAAAGGUUUCAAAAGAUGACCGCAGUGAUGUAGAGAGCAGCUCUGAAGAGGAGGAUGUGACUUCCAACAGCACAAAAGGAGUUUUCAGCACUUCAAGUAACGGCUCCAACCGCAUUAAUGGCCAUGUGGCUAGUGGCCAGUGGCCAGAAGAGUAAGGCUGUGGGUUGGCCUUGAGCAAACACGAACUUAUCUUUAAAUAUCUAGAUGUGUUGAGCUCCACAUUCCCAAGUGAUCUUUAAUCAAGAUACCCCUUCCCCAGAAACCUCCAGCAAAUCUGAAACGGGCACAAUCCAGACCAGUCAGAGGCUUUGCGCAACAGAAGGGAUAAAGCCAAUGACUAGGGCAAAAACAAAGCUGCAGAUUUCACUUUAAGCCAUUUUGUACUUAAUUCUUAGUCCCAUCGAUUUGCAGAGGUAUCUUUGUUUGUGACAAACUGGUUUUUACUAGGAUCAACUCAAGGCGGAAUAAGUUUGGACUAGGCUGGCUGCUGACCGCAGGAGGGUUACGGUGCCAUUUCAGUGACGGU